UAGCCACUUCCACAUGCAGCACCCUGCCGCUCUGGUACAAGGACACCGCUGCUGUGCUGGAUUUACAAAGGACUGCACACAUGCUCACAUGCAUCAAAACACUGGCUGUGCAUUCGUGAAUCCGCCCUGCUCUGCUACUACUAAACCACAGCACAGUCUUUAUCUGCUUUGCGAGGACACAGGCACAAUUUCAAUCAUAAACCUGACCUCACAAAUCCGUUUGUAGUUCUGCAAUGUGGGGCGUGCGUGCCACACAUACUACUAAUCCCUGGAUCCUCAGAGAAGGACCAUGAUUUGUGGGACGGUGUUGCCAGGGGGAAGGUGGCGCCUGGGACCUGUUGGAAAUGACAGCUGAAGAAGGCGGAUUGAAGCACAGGGAUCACAAUAACAGUAAACGUAGAAGAUAGCGAAGAGACUCCUUUGCAGCACUGUGUAAAGGGGUUGUAGAGAUGGAGUCCCUGAUGAGUGCGGUGGCGCCGCGCUCCCCAGCCCCCGCUAAGAAGCUGUCAGAGGUCGACUUCCGGUCGGGGGCAACCCUGGAGCAGCUGUCAGCCCAGGUGUCUGAGCUGGUAGUGCUGGAGCAGGGAGAGUUUGGAGACCAGACCGCCUUAGAGGUCCACACAGCCAAGGAUUUUAUCUUCAACAUGCUAGGCUUAGUCCAGAAGGUAGACCAGCGCCUCCCGGUGGCUAACGAGUACCUGCUGCUAUCAGGCGGGGCCCGGGAGGGAGUGGUGGACCUCAACCCUGAGGAUCUUGGGGACUACGCCAAAGGGGCCGACUUUGACCUGGAUUUCACCCUGCUGGUACCCGCCCUCAAGCUCCACGACCGCAACCAGCCCGUCACGCUGGACAUGAGGCACUCCCCGCCCUGCCACUCGUGGCUCAGCCUUCGCCUCUGUGACUCCAAUGUCAUGUCCCGCUGGAGCAUCUGCUGCCAGGAGGAGAAUGGACUCGCCACCGAGGAAGACGACGAGGAAGAUGGAGAAAUGAGUAAAGGCUCCAUCCCCUCUCUGGUUUCACCUCAGUCUCUGGAUGGAUGCUACUUCUCUCCCUCCCUGGUUACAGACUGGUUCUGGGGGGUGGUGAGCGAGGCUGUGGAGGAGCUGAGGCGCAGCCCCCAGAGAGGCAUUCCCACCCCGGACCGACUGGAGAGGAAUGGACCCCUCACCACUAUUAUCCUCCAGGCUGGCUCUAGCCGGGUGCUGUACGACCUGCUGCCUGUGGUGUCGUUUCGGGGCUGGCCGGCUGUGGCCCAAGGCUGGCUGACCGCCAACCACUUCUGGGAUGGUAAAAUCACUGAGGAGGAAGCCAUAUCUGGCUUCUAUCUGCUGCCCUGCUGCUCCCCGCUGGGCGGUCGGCCCGACAGGGAGUGGAGGCUGGCGUUCUCACGCAGCGAGGUUCAGUUAAAGAAGUGCAUCCCCUACCCCAUGGCUCAGGCUUUCCAAGCAGCCAAAGCCGUGUUGACUCGUAUCCUGGCCCGUCCACGUACGGGCCUCAGCCUCUAUCAUCUGCGCACCCUCCUCUUCUGGGCCUGUGACCGACUUCCUGCCGCCUAUCUGUCCUGCCCUGACCCCGACACCCCCGGCCGCCUCCUCCUCGGUCUCCUGGAUGACCUGGCUCAUUGCAUCCUGGGUAAAAACUGCCCAAACUACUUCUUACCCCAGUCCAACAUGCUGGAGCACCUUACGGACAGCCAGGCACUGCUCGUCGCAAGGAAACUCGCCCACGUGCGCUCGGAUCCUAGCGAGCACCUCCGGGCGGCUCUUGACCAAGCCCAGCAGGCGGGCCAGCUGAAGAAGGAGCUAACGGCGAGCACCAACGGCCACGGAUCCCCCGGGCAUCACCCGGCCAAUGGCAUCAUCUCCCCUUCGGAGGACAAGCUGGCGCAGCGACUGCAGCAGCUGGUCACGGAGAACCCUGGGAAAUCCAUAUCGGUCUUCCUCAACCCCGAUGAUGUCACCAGGCCUCACUUCCGCAUCGAUGACAAGUUCUACUGAUGCAGACAUGCUGCAGAGAAAACGUGUUGAAAUGUGUGUUUAGCUUGCAAAUACACUCUGAAAAGGCUCUGAGACGUCCAAUCAGAGGGAAGGGGGACUAAAAAUCCGCCAGGUGUUUGUCUUUAAAACCCUCGAACUGAACUCUUCUCCUAAUGCUGAACAAUGCAACAUUCUUGCUGCUUGACUGACUCUUUAAACCAAAAACACACAUGUCCUACUACUGAGAAACGAUGUGGACGUCGCACAAGACAUGAUGUCACCGAGCAGUUGCCACGGAGACGGCCCUCUCCUAACGAGCUGGCCUUAACAAGACUCAUCAGCUGGUGCUACAAAGACAAGGGCCGGCUUCAGUCGUGUGAAUUAAGUCCAGUGGAGCAACACAGAGUGUGUGUAUGUGUGUGUGUGUGUGUGUGUGCGUGUGUGUAUACGUACGCCUAAGGGUUUUCAUAUAUUACUUACACUUCUAGAGACGGAGGGAGAACAGCUCCUUGAUUGCUGCUUUUCUCCUUUUUAUUUUAGAUCGGAGUGGGCGAUGGUUGAACUAGAAAGGCAAAACAAGGUGUGGCUGAUGUAACUGAAUGUAAUGUUGAGAGGAGAACUGCCGAGUCUUUGAACAAAGAGUCUCUUUUCUCUGUCAACUACAUUUUAGCCCUCUUUUUUGACCCCCACGCCUUGAAUUUAUGGCAUCUUUUUCUUUAAAAAAAAUCUUUCUCAGGUAUUCAUAAUACUUAUCCUUUUUUAUGUAAAUGAUUCCUUUUAAGGUCUUAAAAUAUAUUUCAAAGCCGCUUACAUUUCAUUGGGUAAUGGAAUGUACCAAAGAGCUGCGUUCGAGCGGUUUUGCAAAGAGAAAAAUACUUGUUACAUAUCCCUUCACAUGUCAUUUUGGUCCAUCCUGGUGAAUCCACCGCUUUAUGAGCAGAAUGUUAAUGAACCUUUUCUCCUUCUGAAGGUCUGGUCACACCGGCGUUUGAAACGGCAACAUUUUGCAGAGAAAUCAAUUAAUUCCAAUGGAAUGGCCAUGAUAAAUGGAUUUGCUCAUGAGGAGAAGUAAAUACUGAUGUUUAAUGGAACGGAGAGCUGCAGAGUCAAACAUGGAGGAAGGUAUUUGCUAAUUAGUUGUGUUGCACCAUCCAAUUUUCUUUAACCUCCUCUGUUGGAGGUGAAACGGCUCCACAAAGAAAGGUUUGCGGACGGUUAAACAGUUAAUCUUACAAAUCUGUCUCUUGAAAACGCUGUGCAAAGCUAACACCCAAUAAUGACUAUGCUGAUAAGCUUGCUUGCUUACAAUUAGCAGUCAGUUAGCCGUUUUUUAUUUUCAUUCUUCAGUGUCACUCUUCAUUGAAAUAAAUUAUGUACAAUCUUGAGGCUUAGUGUAGAGAAAAGGGAAAGAAGCUGGUGAGUUAUUGUAACUGACUACUGCGAGCAUGUCCUGGUUAGCUUGCGUUUUAACAGCUAGCGCAGUUCCUGACUAGCUAGCCCAGCAAAUUAUUCUCCCAGACCUGAGACAGUUAUUCGACUACGUUGUUAUUUGAUAGAAAAAAACAAAUUGCUUUCAUCAACUGAGGGCACUGGGAGAGCGCAGACCUCCCACAAGGCAAUGCUCUAUCUCGCAAUGUUAACAAAAAAAUUAUUUGCAUAUCCACCCUGGGAUUGUGAUCGGCUACAAAAUGUAAUGGGUUCUCUUGUUUUGGCUCAGGCCACAAACUUCCAUCCAGCUUCAUGAAAAUCGGGUCAGUAGUUCUCUAAUCCUGCUGACAAAAAAACCCGACAAACCUAACGACAAACAAUAGGAUGUCAGGAUUUCAAUUACAGAUGGGAAAUGGAUUGAAAUUUGCUUUUAGUUUCAAUUUUUAAAAUUAAAAGGGGUCGGCAAGACAAUAAUUUCACUAUAUGGCCUGAGUGUGGUACAUUCCAAACAAAUCUGGCAUUCAUAAUACAUUUGAUUUUUCCAUCAAUGAUCUGUUGAUUAUUACUAAUCAAGACUUGACUUUCUAACAAUGGCAAAGCUUUCACUGUAAAAGAAAAAGGUCAAAUUUAAUUGAACGAUCACCUUAAAAUCUAAAUUGUAGAUUUGGAGAAUCGUGAUAUCUCUUGAAAACAUAACCUUACCUUGCAGAGGUAAUUGUUUCAAACAUCUUUGGUUUAAAAAAAAAAAGGCCAAUAAUCUUUGAUUCCACUCUCGCAAAUUAUGACAAUUAGUUUUCUUUCUCUUUUAUGAUGGUAAACUGAAUAUAUUUGGUGGUUGGUUAAAAGCCAUUUAAAGUGAUCACAUUUUGCAAACAAAAUUAUGCGUAAAUUGCUCUUCUCAUCACUUGUAGAACUACAUGCAGGUUAAUUUUCCGCUCCUCUUUCUGGUGUGACCGGGCCUUAAGAAAACAUUUAACACUGAAAAGGAUGGAGAUGUAUAAAAAUGGUUAAUUAUAAAAUACUACAUUAAUGUAUUUCUGGUAUUGUACUAAGAUGUAGAGUUAUUUGAGAAAUUCUUGUUUUGUUUUCCUACCUGAGCAGACAUUUUGGUCUUUCAUGUUUGGAGUGUUAAGGUAGGCUAUGUAAGAGAUGUAGAAAAUAUAACCCUAUACAUGAAUGUAUAGAUCAAGUAAAAAAAGGUCUGGAUUGAACAAGAAGACGGGUAACAGGAGCUCUAGAGUCUGGCUGUUUAUCUACCACAGUCACGAGUAAGUCGAGGUACUUAACUGUCAAAAUGUCCCGCAAAGGGCCCAGCACAUCGUGUUGCACAUCAUGUAAGCGUGUCUAUUAAGUGAAGAAACUCACAGUUCGGUCUCUCGUUCGAUUUUCUUUUUUUGGAAACUGGUUCUGACUUGAGUGAUUCUGAUAAUUGUCCCCUGUCUCCUCUGCUUGGUUGGUCUUUUUUAAUGAGCUUUGUGUGCGUGCGUGUGGGUAUGUGUGUGUUCACCAAGAGACGAAGCGCACAGCGGGACGCAGACAGACGCCCAGAUGCUGCCCAUUGAAUUAUACCCUCAGUGGGUGUGUGUUAGUCACUGGGCCCUAUCGUUUCUCACCAGACGGGAGUCAUCCACAGAGGGAUGGAUGGAUGGAGGGAGGGAGAGAGACAGGCCCUCCUCUGGUCCUUUGAAGAGGGAAGUUGAGCCUUGCAGGGCCUGGACAGCUGCCUCUUUCUCCUGCUGUCUUUCUCUGCCCAUUUCUUCCUCUGCCGCUUUCCGUCUUUCUCCCGCUCUCUUUCAUUUUCUCUCACUUUUAUGGCUCUAAAGUCUCCUUGAGAUUUCUCCCCAGAGGGUUGUCAUCUUUCCCUCUUUAGUUCUGGAGGUCCAGAGCAACAACAAAAAAACACCCCCAAACUUGGUACUACUCCAACCUUAUGUUUACACUCUUUCCACUGAUUUGAUUAGGAGCUGUGUAGCCAGUAAGUGGUGUAGUGGAGAGAACAAGUAUAACCAGACAAGCAUUAAUGUCCUCCAGUCCACUCCCAUUAGUUUCGCGCGUCAUACUUGUUUUACCUUAAUGAACUUGAGACGAAGUCGAGUAAACACUAUCUGCAAACAAACUGAUGGGUAAACUUUAAUCUGGUGGGGUUUACCAGGCACUAAAAUGCUGCUUCCAAUGAUGGUGCAUAGGCAGGGUAUAAACGCUACAAAGCACAUGAGAGGUUACAGUAAUGUUUACAGUUAUGGUAAUAAAUAUCAAGGUGGUAAUGGGUAGUUGUGGUCAUUUUAUGGCCUAGUUCAUAUGUACAGGGGAAUUUCCUUUUUGUUUGGGCCUUUUGUAAACAUGCAAACUGAUUUUAGAGGUGAUGUAAUGGAUUUUUUGUGCUGCUGUGACAGAAAGGUGCUCUCUUGCUCAAUUCACUUUGUUCCCAUUCACUGUUGCUUGUCAGCCAUCUGUAGCUGAUAGAGGACAAAAUGCUUUUUAUGGCCACUGUUCUGCUUGACAAACUAGGGGAUGAUGACACCAUUUCUAGAUCACCUCAAGCAUUGUUUUUUCUGCAUUAUGUGUUCUGUAAAAAAAAAACAAAAAAACUAUGUUCCUAUCAGACAACAAAUAUGUUUUUAAAAAUACACUUGCUGCCAAAAUGUACUGUACCAGUCAAAAGUUUGGAUACAUCCUAUUCAAUUUUUUAAAACUUAUUUUUAUUAUAUUAUGUACAUUGUAGGUUAAUAUCAAAUACAUCAGAUCUAUGAUGGAGCACAUAUGGAAUUAUGCAGUUAACAAAAAAGUGUUAAACAAACCAGAAUAUAUUUUACAUUUUUGAUUCUUUGAAGUGGCACCUUUUACUUUGAUGUUCUUAAACACAUUAAGAAGGCAAGAAGUUCCACUAAUUAACUCUUAACGAGGCGCACCUGUCAACUGUGUAAAGCUGUCAUCAAAGCAAAAGGCUUUCAACAUUGGAGAUUAAUACUGAAGACAUCAGCACUAUGAGGGAGCACAUAUGGAAUUACGUAGUGAACAAAAUAGUGUUAAACAAACCAGAAUGUGUUUUAUAUUUUAGAUUCUUUGAACCACCUUUUGCUUUGAUGGCAGCUUUGCACACUUACGUUAUUCUCUCAGAUUCAACAGGUGCACCUCUUCAAGAGUUAAUUUGAGACCAUCAAAGCAAAAUAAUAUAAAAAAUGAAACAUUUUAUUUAACACUUUUUUAAACUACAUAAUUCCAUAUGUGUUAUCUCAUAGUUUUGAUGUAUUUAAUAUUAAUCUCCAAUGUUGAAAAUAAUAAAAAUAAAGAAAAAUCAUUGAAUGAGAAGGUGUGUCCAAACUUUUGACCGGUACUGUUCACUACGAGUACAUUUUUGCAAUGAAUUUGAAAUGUACACAAAAUUAAAGUACUUGGCUGCAGCUGGCUGAGUUUUAAAUAUGCAGUGAAGAAACUGUUAUCAUUUGAAACUAGAAAUAAGUUUUGAGAUGUCGCCUCAACAUAUCUGAAUGAAAAUGGGUUCUAUGGGUAACAACGAGUCUCCCGUCUACAGACAAAUAUCCAUUAUAAUGCGCUACAGUAACGUGAUGCUAAAAAUGUGAUUAAUCACAGCAAAAUCAGCCCUAAAAAAUCCUUAUGUACGUGUGGACUAGACCUAAAGCUGCUGGUGGGUUGUUUUUCCAUCAGACAUGUAUAAAUAUUUCUGAGUCUUGUGUUACAGCAUCUGCUUUCAAAAUCUGGGUCUACAAAUUUCAUGUGCUUACUACUGAAAGAUUUUGUUUUACAGCAUCUGUCUGUACUGGUAUAGUGUGUGUGUGUGUGUGUGUGUGUGUGUGUGUGUGUGUGUGUGUGUGUGAUUGUGAAUGAACUGAGCCUGAGCAAAACCAAAGCGUGUUGUUGAGGCGGUGCAGAAUGUCUAAGCAGGGUGUGUAUCCAGCUGCCAGGUGUCGGUUUGUGUCUUCAGCACUUUUUCAAGACAAAUUGUACGAGUUUGGAAUAGUCAUAAAGAAAACCGCAGCAUUUAUUUAUUGGAAAACCUAGUUGAUGUUAAAGGUCCUUUCUCAUUGCCUCUGUGAUGUUUGACUGAGAGUAUAAAAUGUGUCUCACUUUGUACCUUAAUGGGCCUAGUUAGAGAUUACUAGACACUGGAAACAAUCAAUGUUUUCCUGAAUUGUACACAUGAAUAUCGAAUCCUGUAUUUUCCAAUAGUGUCAGUUUCUAGAUAUGCAAUCAAGACCCUUAAAGAAAGACCUACUGUAAUUCUUACUAGUUAGAAAAAAGGGGAUCACCCUGCUGUCCAAGGAUUGCAUGAAACACCGAUGACACUCCCAAACACCAGUCUCUGCUUCGUGCUACUCUAUUUAUAAUCUGUUUUUUGUGCUGAAACUUCUGAUCAUUCUGUUUUCAGUCUGUGGAUAAAUAACUGACUAAAUACGAUGAAUGUAUCCACCAUAUCUCUCUAAUCUGUUCCCUACUUGAGGACACAUCAAAUCUAAUUUCUCACUGUUAUCUGCGCAGAUGUACUCCAGUCUGUACUCAAGUGCUGAGAUAACAAUCUGUACUGAAUCACUCCACAGUCUGAGAAAUUGAAUUUCAUAUCUCUUUUAUUACUUCGGUUCUUCUGCUUUUUAAAAAAAAUAAGUGCAAAUUAUUUUUUUGCUGUAUUUAUUACUGUUAUUUUUUGGGGGUUUAUAUUGAUUAGUCUUCAAGCUUUAGCAUGAAAUAAAUCACUACAUUUCAAAUCA